AUGGCCAUCCUCACGGACGACACCUUUCCCACUCCGACCUCCUCCUCGCCGCGGGAAAGCAGUCGGGCGCUCGCCACGCUAAGAGCCAGCCUACCAGUCAUCCUCGAAAGUAAGUGCGAGGCCGGCGCUCUGGCCGCCGCUUUGUCCUCUUUGUCUCUGUCGUCGACUUCGUCUUCGGCUUCGUCGUCGCCUGGGUCUUCGCAGCCUUCGUCUCCUCGCCCACGGUAUGCCCAGCCGCGCCGCGUGCAUUGGGAUGCGGAUAUCAUGGAGCUAGAUGAGGGAGACGACGACGAGGUGGAGGAGCAGCGCAAAGCUCUCCCCACCGCGCAGCACCACUCAUCAUCCGCCCCCCCGCGAAGCCGACGAAGCCGACGGUCAUCAACGACUCUGCGCGGGCAGCAGGAACGACAAGCUCGCGCCCCAGCACCGCCUACGAGCCGCUACUUCCAGCAGAAGAAGCGGAGCAGCGGCAGCAAUCCACACCUGCAGACGCCGAAGCCGUGA